AUAGACACAAACACACGAAACUCAUAUUUCAUCGAACUCUCUCAAAAAGAACAGACAGAGAAUUCUAAAAAAAGGGUCUUCAAUAUAAUGGCGAUGGAAGAGAAAAUUGUGAUCAACGAACUGGAACAAGGGAGAGAGCUUACCAAACGGUUGAUUAACAAUCUCAAACACACUUCUUCAAUUGAAUCCAGCAAGGUCAUGAUCUCUGAAAUCCUCCGCAUCUACCAGAAUGCCAUUCUCAUGUUGAGCUUCAAGGAAGACGACAAGAACAUCCUGAAGAGAAGCCGUGAGAUCGAAGUCAAAAACGUGUCUAAAAAGAGAAAAGAAUCGGACAAGAAGACAGAGGAUGUUAAGGUUUUUGUCGGAAAAGGACAAGAAAUUGAUGAUGGAUAUUGCUGGAGAAAAUACGGGCAAAAAGAGAUUCAUGGAUCUUCAAAUCCUAGAGGAUACUUCAGAUGCACAAAUCGAUUCACGCAGAAGUGUCUAGCAGUGAAGCAAGUCCAGAGAUCCGACAAAGAUCCUUCGAUUUUCGAAGUGAAGUAUGUUGGGAAUCACACUUGUAACAACAACAGUACAUCACCAAAGACGACGGCCGCGAGCUUCUCUGUUUCGAUGUUCGGAGAAGGAAGCAGAGUGGGUUUAAGAGAGCAACGAGAAGACACUAAAAAGCCGAAGAAAACAGAACAAGUGAUGAUGAUAAGUCUUGAAGAUGUUGAGUACAAGGACAUUUUCAGGACGUAUUCUAUCUCCAACCAUGAGAUUGAGGACGGUGGUGGUUGGAAAAGCAACAUUUUCCAGGAAAAUCUGUCACCUGCAACGACAACAACAUCAGGGUCUGGGAUGACCAGCGAGAUUGUAACAGCUCCAGCUGCUGUUGAGGAUUGGGGAGAUGUGGAUUCGUAUUUCUCUUCGUUGGACAAUAUUAUCGAUUUAGGACAGGACCUGUGGUCGUGACAUUUGAAUUGGCGAAUGUAAUGUUUAUAGUGGGAGUAAGUAUAGAUGGUGAUUGUGGAAGCAAUGUCUAAAGGUUUCUAUACCCAGGUCUGGGGUUCGAUUCCCAGACUAUGCAAUUUAUUGCAGAUUUUCUCAAAUUUAGGUUUGAAGUCUCGGAGAGAGUGCAAUUUAUUAGGCAACUAUGCAAGAUUAUGGAAGGAAAGAUUACAAAGAUCUUCAACAUGGUGCAAAUAAAUCUGGUCAGGCGUGGAUCCUGUAAUUUCAGGGUUUAGAUUAGUAUUUGGUGAGAUUGGGCAUUAAUUUUGUGUGAAUUUCCAAUGAAGUUUGAUGGCACUUGAUGACACAAAUUAAUUUUCUUUUUCCAACUAGAUAUUUUAUAUAAAGUAGGGGCCCAAGCCCAAUUACAAACAACCAUUACAAAACCCACAAACUGGAUAAUAAACCAACACUCUCAA